GCUCCCUCCAACGCUAUCGACAUAGCAAUGUCCCACGAGCCCGAGAAAGCUGCCAUGCCCGUGUACGACGUCGACGAGAAGCGUGCGCUCUCGUCUACCGACAACGAGUACCACGGAGAAGUCUUCGAGGCUGAUCUUGAAGGCGAGGAGCCCACCGAGGAGGAACUGAAGACGCUUCGUCGUGUCUCUGGAAAGAUUCCCUGGACUGCUUUCACUGUUGCUUUUGUCGAGCUGUGCGAGCGUUUUGGCUACUAUGGCUGUCAAGUGCUGUACACCAACUUCAUCCAGAGGCCCCUUCCCGUCAUCGACGGCGUAUUACAGACGACAGGUCGCAACCCCACUGCAGAAGGCAAACCUGGUGCGUUGGAUAUGGGCCAGCGUGCUUCAUUUGGCAUCGGUCAAUUCAACUCCUUCUGGGCCUUCACGACCCCCAUUAUCGGUGCCAUUAUCGCGGACGAAUACCUCGGUCGCUUUAACACCAUCUUUAUAGCCAUUGCCUUCGCAAUCGUGGGUCACAUUCUGCUCAUCAUUUCGGCCAUUCCAGCCGUCUUGACGAGCGGAAAUGCCAUCGGUCCAUUCAUCCUCGGUGUCAUUACUCUUGGUUUUGGCACUGGAGCUUUCAAGGCCAACAUUUCGCCCUUGAUUGCAGAGCAGUACCGCCAGACCAAGCCUCGCGUUAUCAUCGACGCCAAGACGGGAGAGCGCGUUAUUUCUGACCCCAACAUUACCUUGUCCCGCAUCUUUUUGUACUUUUACAUGUUUGUCAACAUGGGUGCUCUCACCGGCCAAAUCUCCAUGGUCUACGUGGAAAAGUACAUUGGAUUCUGGUGCGCGUGGCUGCUCCCUACAAUCAUGUUCUGUCUCUGUCCCAUUGUGCUUUGGGUGUGCCGCAAAAAGUACCACCACACCCCGCCCACGGGCUCCGUUCUCGUUCGCGCCCUCAAACUCAUGAGUUUCGCCGCAAAGGGCAAGUGGUCGGCCAACCCCGUUACCACGCGCGAGAACUUCAAGGCGGACAACUUCUGGGAAGAUGUCAAGCCCAGCCAUCUCGGCAGCAACAAGCCAAAGUGGAUGCAGUUUGACGAUGCGUGGGUCGACCAGGUCGCACGUGGACUGAGGGCUUGCUCGUGCUUUACUUGGAUUCCGCUGUACUGGCUGUCGUACAACCAGAUGAACAACAACCUCGUCUCCCAAGCUGCCACUAUGACGCUGAACGGUGUACCCAACGACGUCAUCACCAACCUGAACCCCAUCUCUCUCGUCAUCUUCAUCCCGAUUGUCGACAACUUCCUGUACCCCGCCCUGCGCAAGGCAAACAUUCACUUUACGCCCAUCAAGCGCAUGGCCUUUGGCUUCAUCCUCGGGUCCCUGGCCAUGGUCUCUGCCGCCGUCAUCCAGCACUACAUCUACCAGGGCGGUCCCUGCGGCAAGUUCAUGAACACGUGCGACAAGCCCUCUCCCAUCAACGUAUGGGUGCAAACCGUGCCCUACGUCCUGAUUGGUUUCUCUGAAAUCUUCACCUCGGUCACGGGUCUCGAAUUCGCCUUUACAAAGGCCCCCAAGAACAUGAGGUCGCUGGUUACGUCCUACUGGCACUUUAUGUCUGCCUUUUCCAACGCCAUUGGCCAGGCUUUCGUCUCGCUGUCCGAGGACCCGCUGCUCGUCUGGAACUACACUGCCGUUGCCAUCUUGGCGUUUAUCGGUGGUGUGCUGUUCUGGCUCCACCAGCGCAAGACGGACAAGCAGGAGGAUGCUCUCAAUAUGCUGCCCGACUCCAACUACAUUGGCAAGGACCGCAGGCACAGUGUUGCGGGUGCUGAAGAGGCUAUUGCGGGUCACAACGUAGCGACGCAUGCCAAGGCCUAGGUGCGUUGAGUAGUAAUGACUGUUGAGUAUCGUGGAGAUGGCCAUGGACAUGUGCAUGACUGUAUGGCUUUUGUAGUAAUCGUAGAUACCAAUUUCUUUGCAGCCGAGAAGCUC